UUCAAUUGCGGAAACGAAUCCCUAAUUAUGACGUUAUAGCUUCUAUUCAUAUCUCGUUGUUUGAUCUUUUUAAAUCAAAUUACAUCACCCGUUUUCCGUGCAUGGCAAUCUCUUCUGAUUGAUCCGUUAAAAAAUAAAAUAAAAAAUUAAGCUGCGUUGAGACCGUUGUUCAUCAUUCGAAGAUGGCUCUGAAUCCUCUGGUGUUUCCUAACAGUAUGCCCGUGCCCUUUGUGAACGAGAUAUUCGUAUUAGCCAGAGAUGGCGUCGACUUCGAGGUUGACAAGAUCCCCGGAGCUCAAAGAGGACAUGACAAAGCAAAGGGCAUAAGUUACUUGUCCAAUAUACGUAUGGUUUUUGUUGCAAAUAAACCUGGUGGAGACUUUGCUGCUUUUGAUCUGCCUCUGCUUUCAAAGGAUGAUACGCCUACUGAUUUAUGUUCCGAGGAUGAUAGCCACUACCAUGUUUUAUCAAUUAUUUGAAAUGGGUUUAGAGGUUGUGUCACCAACAUGACCGCACAGCAAUCUCUUGCAAAUUGCAAUAGAUUGUCUGGCAAUAUUUAAAUUUGAAGAGAGGAGGGGUGGGGAAGUGAAGCCAAAGCUAUGAUCAUUGGUCAUUAUUCGAAGAUGGCUCUGAAUCCUUAGGUGUUUUGUAAUGGGAUGCCCGUAACUUUUGUGAAGGAGAUGUUCAUAUUGGCUAUGGACGGCGUGCAUUUCGAUGUUCACAUGAACCCUGGUUGAACCUCAGCUGCUGACCGGACAGCAAUCUCGCACAAUAGAUCUGUCUGCGAUGAGGUAUUAAAAAAAAAACACGCAUAGCGGAGGUCGGUGAUCAUUACUUGAAGAUGGUUCUGAAUCCUCAGGUGCUUCCUAGCGGGAUGCUGGGACCUUUCGUGAACGAGAUAUUCGUAUUGGCGAGGGAUGGCAGGAAAUUCAAGGUUGAGAAGAUCUCGAGGUUUGUGUAAAAAGGUGAAAAGGAAAGAAGAAAA